CCGCGCCCUCUCACACCCCCUCGGCCCCGGCGAUGGCGGCGGGCGGCGGGCGGGAGGCUCCGGGCGCCCCAUGAGGAGACACAAAUUAGAAAAACCUCCAGGAGCAAGCUCCACCAUGCAACCCGACUGCGCCCAUCUCCACAGCAUCCAGGGGAGCGGCGGUGACUCCUCCUCGCCCAGGCUGUCGGGAGAGGGCUCCUGCCACCCCAGCACCGGGGACGUGCGCAUCCAGCUGAACUCCAGCGCGGGAGAAUCCAGGGAAAACGCGAGCUCCCGGGUCUCCAGGCCGGACUCCCAGAGCCGCUCCCACGGGCACGCCCAUGGCGAGGCAGGAGGGCUCGAGGAUGCAGCCCCGGAGCCGGAGGAGCAGGGCGGCAGCUCCCUGUCGGAGCUGCGGUACCUCCUGCAGUGGCUGCACAAGAGCCUGCCCUACCUCCUGAUCCUGUGUGUCAAACUCCUCAUGCAGCACAUAACUGGCAUUUCUCUUGGAAUUGGGCUGCUAACAACUUAUGCAUAUGCAAACAAAAGCAUAGUAAAUCAGGUUUUUCUCAGAGAACGGUGCUCCAAGCUGCAAUGCACUUGGUUACUACUCUACCUAAGUGGAUCAUCUCUCCUCUUGUAUUACACCUUCCACUCUCAGUCCCUGUAUCACAGCUUAAUCUUCUUAAGCCCCACUGUGGAUUUUAUGAACUUUUGGGAGGUGCUUUGGAUUGUGGGAGUCACAGACUUUAUUCUGAAAUUCCUCUUCAUGGGCUUGAAGUGCUUUAUUCUCCUGGUGCCUUCUUUUAUCAUGUCCUUUAAAUCCAAGGGCUACUGGUACAUGCUGUUAGAAGAACUCUGCCAGUAUUACCGUAUGUUUGUCCCCAUACCAGUUUGGUUCCGUUACCUCAUCGCCUAUGGGGAGCUGGACACUGCACUGGGAUGGACCCUUGGCAUUCUGCUGGGCCUUCUCUACCUCAUCCUCAAGCUUUUGAGCUUUUUUGGACAAUGGAGAAACUUCAGGCAGGUCUUACGGAUAUUUUUUACACGCCCACACUAUGGGGUGCCAGCCAGCAAGAGACAGUGCUCUGAAUCUGAUGAUAUUUGUUCCAUUUGCCAAGCUGAAUUUCAGAAGCCUAUUCUGCUGAUCUGUCAGCACACAUUUUGUGAAGAAUGCAUCUCUUUAUGGUUUAAUAGAGAAAAAACCUGUCCACUCUGCAGAACUGUUAUUUCAGACCAUGUUAACAAGUGGAAGGAUGGAGCCACAUCUAUGCAUCUCCAGAUUUUCUAAAGCUUGUCAAACAACUUGGGUUCCAGUUUGUUUGUUCACACUAAGGUUUUUCAGUUUACUGCAGAUUAAAUUGUAGGUGGCACAAGGAAGGAGUUUCCAAAUUGCAGAUACUGUGUAUUUAAAACGGUGCAGAAAAUGGCAACUUGACCUUUUUUAAGUAGAGAUAACUGAAGUUCUCAGAAUGAAUGCAGAAAAGCCAGCAUUGCUUCUCUUGUGAUUCUCAUAGGAAACAGGCAAAUCCUAGAAAUGUGUUGCAUUACUUCUUAAUUCAACAUUUUAUUUUAAAAGUUUAAUAGGGUUCCAGACUGUACUAAAUUGUAUUUAUCCUUCUAACACAACUCAAGCCAAAAGGUCAACUUACUGAUUUUAUUAAGGUUAUGAGCAAAUUUUAUACUCUGGACUGCAGUGAGAAUUAGAGCUGCUUGCCACUCUUGGCAUUAAAGAUCUUUGAUGCUUGCCCAGUAAAUAAAAUAAAUGGGCUUAUUAAUGCACCUGGAACAGCAACUAUUUCUCACUGCACCUGUAGAUAAACAGAUUAAAGAAUAAGAUAUUUCCCCCUUUAGGUUCUUCUAGGCUUCUAAUGGAUCCUUGGCUUAAUCUUUUGGCUUUAAACCAACCACUGAUGUUAGAUUUUUACUUAGCAUUUUAUAAAGCUGUUAUUUUUAAAAGAAAUCUUUAAUACUAUAUUUUUGUCAUAACAGGAACCAGAUUUUCUUACAGGAGACAAUCUAUUUUAUACUCUAUUUGCAAUUUGUAGUUUGCAUAAAAAUCAGAGAGAAUAAAUGCAUUUGAAUCUAUUUGUUUGGUGCAUGUCGAAUAAAGAAAGAAGAUUUCUUAUUGUUUUGGUAUUAACUCAUAUGUAAGCACUUAACUGCUCACUGCCAGAUACAUUUUUCUUGUUAAAGAAAACAAAAACCCUUUACAUGUUACAAUUUGUUCAUGAUUAGUUUUUAUGUUAUUUCUAGCACUAACUUCUCUGUAACCUCACUUUCCUUUCCUGAUUUUCUUUUUUUCACUUUGCUAUUCAGGUAAGACUAAAAACAUCACUCAAAUGAUUCUGUUACAGGAAAGCUACAUUUAGUUACCAUUAACUUGAGCUUGUCUUGCCUGAAGACAUUUAGAAAACUUGUGAAUUCAGGAAAAACAAUUAAAUACUGAAACAGCUGAACACCCUAAAGGUACAGCUCCAAGGGCAGAAUCCAGUAUUCAGAAUAAAAAUCUAAUGAGAUGGAAGAUUCAAGCUAAGAAAUAUCAUUACAUGUGACUUGUAAAGCUCACCAAGAUUAUUUUAUGGAGCCCAACAAAGUGUUAGUGCUUUAAAUCAACCCUGAUCCUUUGGUCUUUGUCCACAACACUGUAGUAACAACCAGAGUAAGUGUGGAGAUUGGUCAAAAACAGGGAUCAGGGAACAAUUUCUCCUCUUUCUUUGUGUUGGUUUUUCUAUCCAAACCCAGUAAUUUUAAAAACAUGUUUUAUUAAAAAAACCCCAAGAAUAAAAAAGAGAUUUUGGUCAACUGGUUUAGAUUUACACUUCAUAAAUCAAACAAGUCAUUCUCAUCUUAGUUACAGACAGGGGAAAAAAGUGAGGAUCUGACAUCCAGGAAUGGCAUCCUCUCUGACCCAUGGAACACCUCCUGAUCCAGGCCAGGAUGCCCUGCUGGCAGGGACACACAGGGUGACAAAUGACAAUCAACAGCCACUUUUUAAGAGCCUAAGGGGACAGUACCAGAAGGAACCUCUCUUGGGUCUUUAUGUUGUGAGGGAAUUCCUCCUCCAUUUCCCAUCAAAGCUCUCAGGAAAGACAAUGAUUUACAUUUCCUGUUAUACUUAAAACCUACCUACUUCCUAAAAUACAAAUAGGUCACUUGGAUUAACAUAUGUUUUAAUUUGCAUUUAGUUGCUAUUCACAUUCACCUUAUUUAGCUCUUGAGGGUAUUUAGUUGCAGUAAACUGUGAGAGAUGAAAACCAGGACAGGGAUUACCUUUGUUUCUGCUAAGGCAGCUCAAGGGUGUUCUUACAGACAGCUACAGAUGGAUUUAGUCUAGCAGAGAACAACUGGAGAAGUUUAUAGAUGGGAUCUGCACAUAGAUGGGAUCUCUAGGGAGAAUAUUCAAGUAAUUUCCUUCUUCUUGACUUCUCCUUUGGAUAAAGGAUUUCCCUUAGCUGGGAAAAUGAAACAGCAAGGAGCCUGCUGUAGAGAUAGAAUUUAAACAAACCAACCAAACCCCAAACAUCUGCCCUAAAACCAGAGCAGCCUCCUCAAUGUUUGAUGCACUUGUUGAUUAACACUGAGAGCAGGUUGGGAGUUAACACAGAAAAGAGAACAGACCCAAAAUAAACUUGAACUGUACACUUAUGAGAGGACUCAAAUAUGAAAUGUUCUCCAGCAGUUCAGCUUUUAAACAGCACAGAAAAAAAAAA